GAAAUACAACAUCCAACCUCAAAUCUCACUGACCUCUCAUUCUUGUAGGAGCUUAGAAUAUGGAUAAGGCCGGAGAAACUGAUUUGGAUGAUUUGGAAACGGUGGAAUAUCUGGAGGAUAUGGAGGAUAUGGAGGAUAUAGAGGCUAUGAAAGCCACUGAAGCUUAUGAAUCUGCACCACCCUACUCAGGCCAUCCAGCAGAUUACAUAGGAAAAGACAUGACCCACAACCCAGGAUACAAUUCACCUCCAUAUCCAAAUAUUAAUAUGGCAUACACCUCGUAUCCAGAGCCGGGAUUUAAUCCAAACUUUCAGGGAGCUCCAAAUCAAGGGAUAUAUCCUCAAAUUAACAGUCCAAACCCUGGGAUGUAUCCUCAAGUUAACAGUCCAAACCCAGGGAUGUAUCCUCAAACUACCACCGUAACAACCACAGUGAUGCUUCCCAGCCUGCGUGAUUUACCUGCUCAAACCAUGUGCCCUCACUGUAAGCACCAGGUGAUCACGAUAACAGAUCACUACUCUGGACUCAUGGCCUGGCUGGCCUGUGGCUGUCUUGCCCUCAUCGGGUGCUGGCCGUGUUGUCUAGCACCUUUCUGGAUGGAUUCAUGUAAAGAUGUUGAGCAUCGCUGCCCAAACUGCAACAACAUCUUGUCUUUUUACAAGCGCCUGUGAUCUGGAUUCUUUGAUUUGAAUGGGAUCUAAUGGGUAUAAGACAAAGGAAUGUGUCUGAAUUUCAUUUUUACAAUGCAAUUAAAUUCCUACACAGGUGAUUUCAAAUAAUUUCAGAAAUAUUUAUUACUUAACAAAAUGCAACUAUUACGACACAUGUAGUAAGACUAUAUGGUAAGUGUUUACAUUGUAUGUAAUAUUUAUUAAAAUAUUUAUGGUUAUAAAUAUUGUAUGAAAUAGAAUAUUUAAUAACUGCUUUAAAACUUUACAUUCAGCUUCUUUCAGAACUCUGCCUGCAAAUGUAGAUCACAGUUAUGUCUCAGAUAUAUACCGUCUUAACAUUUCAAUGUAUCCUAAGUAUGAACUUUUAAAACAAACUAAAGUUAACUUGAUGUCAGUCUAAUGUUAAGGUUAAUAAAUGUUAAUAAAUGUUACAUUUGCA